GAAAUAUUAACUAAAAUUGAUUAUUUUCUUUUAUAGUACACCUGUAGUUCUCUAGAAGCAGAUAUAAUUUCAAUUGACCUUGAGAAUAAAAUCCCAUACAGGCUAACGAGAGGCGUUUAUUUUCAACUGGUUGAAAAAAAUAUUCAUUUUGAAAUAUUAUACUCUCCAACCAUUGAAGACCAUACAAGCCGAAUAAAUAUGAUUCACAUUUCACAUUUGUAUCACAGCCUUGGAAAAUCUAAAAAUAUUAUUACAAGUAGUGGAGCUACUAAAAGAAUCUUAUUACGACCACCGCUAGAUGUUAGAAAUUUAGGCUUUAUUUUUGGUUUAAACGAGGAACAAGCUAAUAAUUCAAUUUUGUGUAAUGGAAGAAUUGUGUAUCUUAAUAGUGUGGGUCGAAAACGCGGAAAAACUUUUAUGCUGGUGGAAAAUACUGCUGAGAAGACCAAUUGUGAAAAAAUAAAAGAUAUCGAAGAAAUGGAGGUUGAUGGGCCAGUUUUAAAAAAGCACAAAAAAUAAAUUUAAAAAAUAUAUUUGUUACGUAUUUUGGA